UGUCGUUUGUGGUAUAAUAAGAAUAAUGAUACUUUUAGAAAUUUUAUUUAUAUGUGUACUAUUUGCAAUUGGAAAGUGCGAAGAAAUGAAAAAUAAUGUUGACCCAGUAAAGCCGGAAUUAAAAUUUGUUUUUGUAACUGUCCGAGGAGCUGCACAUUGGCCAUGUGAUUACCCAGGAGGACCUGUUAUCAUAGGAAGACCUGAACAGUGUAGUAGGCUAAGCUGGCGCGGUAGAAUUGAUGCAUAUAAUUAUGGCGAAGAGAUAGAUGACCUUUACAGAUAUAGAUUAGGAAUUCAAAAAUGGAAUAAAACUAAUUACUGGUCUAUUGCAAGUACUUCACCUAGAACCAUCCAGGCAGCGUUAGUAUUGGGUGCAGGAUUAGAAAAUAAACCGUACAAAAUAAAUAGAAUAUGGUCUACAAAAAGUAAAGAAAGCACACAAUUUCCUGCAAUGCAGCAGUAUUUAAGAUUUUACAAUAAAGAUCAGUGCCCUGCAUACUUAGAAAAUGUUUUUAGUGAGAGACGCCAAUUCAAGGAAGUCGAUGAAGAUUUCAUGAAGGUUGUUAGUAUUUUCGAAAAAAAAUUAUCCAAGAAAAAGUUGGAUGUUUAUAAAAGACCACAAGAUGUCUGGCUUACAUAUGAGUCUAUGUUUAAUGUGUUUUAUUCUUAUAAGAAAAAAUACCCACAUAAGUUGAAAUAUUGGAAAAAAGUACGCAAAGAAUUUAAGGAAUUUUCUCAACAAUUAAUGUGGACAUCAUUGACCGGCAGUAAUCGUCUACGAAAACUUGCAUCAGGCCCCAUAACAUAUGAUGUAAUCAAUGACAUGGAUAAAUUAACAAAAGAUAAACCACAACCUCUUGCACCGGGAAAAGAAAAAAAUAAACUAUCAGUUUUAACAGUACCUCAAGGAGUUUUUGCAGCGUUAGUAACUGGAUUUGCUCCAAAUGGAACCACAAUUAAUGGAAAGGAAUUUUCUGCUUCUGACCUUUAUCCUGAACAUGGUGCUAUGCAUGUAAUAGAACUUUACAAAGAAGGAGAAAAUUCAUGGAAAGUAAAGGUACUAUACAGAAAUAAAAGACAUGAUUGUUUAAAGGUUGUUCAAGUGCCUAAUUGCCAAAAUCAAGAUCUAUGUGAUUACAACACGUUCAGAAACUCACUUGAUAAAAUUAGAUUAAAUAAUGACGCCCAUAAAAAACUUUGUAACGAGUCGGAUUUGGAAUAA